ACGGAGACCAAUCAAGUAUACACUCUAAAACAGUUCUACUACUACUACUACUUGGUCUUAUUCAUUCAUCCUUUCUUCCCUUUUCACGUUCCAUCACUAAAAAUCCUCCUCUAUCUGUCUACACUAAAAACCAAAAACAAAAAAAAAAAAAAAAAAAAGUCAAUAAAUAUUUAACCCUUGCAAGCAAAAUCUCCAAAUUUUAUUCAUAAAAAAUUAACAAAUUAUACAAAAAACAAUAAAUUUAUAAAUUUGUAUAUAUCGUUAUAUUCAAUAUAUUAAAAUAAAAGAAUAUGGAUAGUGGACCGGCUGAAUCCGGAGGUGGAGAAGGAUCAUCAAGUGGUGGACGAGGUGGAGAUCAAGCUCUCGGCUCGUCAACUGGUGGUGAUUUAGCGUCCCAAACGGCAGGAGCUGCGGCAGCUACACCAGCUGCGGCAGCUACACCAGCUGCCGCAGCUCCAUUAAGUCGAUAUGAGUCGCAAAAAAGACGAGAUUGGAAUACAUUCUUACAAUACCUAAGAAAUCACAAACCCCCUCUUUCUCUUUCGAGGUGUAAUGGAGCUCAUGUUAUAGAAUUCCUCAAAUAUUUAGACCAGUUCGGAAAAACUAAGGUUCACAACAUGGGUUGCCCGUAUUUCGGUCACCCCAACCCACCCGCCCCGUGCGUCUGCCCGCUUAAGCAAGCUUGGGGCAGCCUCGACGCUCUCAUCGGUCGUCUUCGUGCUGCGUAUGAAGAGAAUGGUGGACGGCCCGAAUCCAACCCAUUUGGUGCACGGGCCGUCCGGAUUUACCUCCGAGAGGUAAGGGAAAGCCAGGCUAAAGCCCGUGGUAUCCCGUACGAAAAGAAGAAGAGGAAACAUCCUUCUUCCUCUUCUUCUGCCUCCGCUUCCGCUGCCAGUGCAGAAACUACCAAUACUCCCGUGGACCCCACCGGUGGGGUCCACGGGAGUAGUGGGGCCGGGGAAGGCGGCAGUGGAAGUGGGGAUCAUCAUGGAGAUGGCGGUGAUGAUGGUAAUGCUGGUAACAUGAUGAUCAAGUGCUAUCAAAUUCAAACUUGUGAUAUCACCGUUCACUACUGUGAUUGUGCUCCAGGUAAGAAGUCAUGUUCAGUUAACUUGUAUUCUGGGUUUCUUUCUUGAAAUAAUUUAUAUUAAAUAUUUUUGGGCACAAAUUCUUGUAUGAGGCGGUCUUACCGUGAGACAUGCCUCAUAAUCAGGUUAAAUAGCUUAUUAAUAGAAAUUUUUAGGUUAUGGACUUUUUAAUUUAAGGUCGUCUUAUCGUGAGACGGUCUCAUACGGUUUGAUUUUUGUGGUUUUAAUCAGUAAUUAAUUCCUGUAUUAAGCUUUUUAACAACUCCAAAAGUUAGUUAGAGUAUAAGUUAUUAAAUAUAAGUUAUUUGUGAUAGCACAUCAAAAAAUUGAAAAAAAAUUAAUUAUUAUAUAUAUUUAAUAGGUUACUUCUCCUAAUAUUAAUUGGUUUACUAUGAAACCUUAUCGGGUUUCUAUAAUUAUUGUGUACAAAUAAACCAAGCCCGAUAACAAAUUUAUCCAAGUUUACUAAAUUUGAGCAAUGUUACUAAUUUUAUAGGAUAUUUUUUUAGGCAGUGAUUUAAGGCAGGUAAUUGUAAAAUAAAGAGUAAUUUAGUGGCGUCAAGAAACCUAAGUAAUUCCAUUAAAUCUCCAUUACUGGUAUUAAUAUGCUAUUAACUGAUAUAACUGAGUCAUUAAGCUCAUAUUCAUCAUUAGACAAAUUUUAUUUUAAAUUUUCAACUUUUUGUCGUGA